AUGAAGGGCUGGGCUAAAGCGUGCACACUAGUCUGCGUGCCACAGAUAGUCGUAGCCUCUAUAUAUCUUGCAGGAGGGGAUGGGGUGCUACGGGCUCUUGUUGCCGGGCUUAUCCUAGAUCUUAUUUCCUCGAACUACUUCGAAACACAUAUAGUUUACUUGCUGGCUUCUUUCCUUGCAGAGUACUUGCUUUACGUGUCGUUCAGGGUCCACAAUCGCCUUGUCUUUGAAAGAUUUGAUAUCUUUGCCUUUUUCCUGGCGCUCGGUGCUGGUUUGGCCAUAGCAGUACUGGCUCUAUUACUAGCAGUCGGAGACAGGCAGAUCAUUCCCUAUGGAUUUGCAGCUCUCUGUUUUUGCUCCUCUCUUACUCUGGCCUUCUCCUUCCUCAGUGUUUCCCCGAUUCUCUUUGGAGCCUGGUACCCUCUGGCACUGGCUUUCCUUCUCCCUAUCAGCAGGAUCGUGCACGAGUUGCUGAUCAACAAGGGACUAACGCUAUACUGCACAGGCGACUCCAUUUUUACCGCAGGCUUUGGAGUCACCAAUUCAGACGGGGUAGGUAAUAGGGGCAUGAUUAUGCACAAGGGUUUAUCUCAAGCGGACAAGACCCGUAAGUGUUCUAUGUUGUUAGGAGGUCUCACUUAUAUAUCGAUUAGCUAUGUCCUUCCUGUUUUGAGCCUUUUCUAUGCACGUCCAAUCAGUAUCUUUUUAGUAGUGCCACUCUGCAUUGUUUCUACCACCUUGACACUCUCCCUUUCCGCCCUUAUCCUCUACUUUAUGAAGAAAGGCCUGUAUCUUCGGGAGCUCUCCCCAAGAAUAUUUAAGCAAGGUUAUGUUAAAUUUUCUGAUCGAGCCAAAGAGCAGCAAGUUUUAUACAAAUCUGAACUCAGUCCAGAUGGUAAGGAGAAGACUAUAGCGGCCACGAGCAAGAGGCGUUUUGAAAAACUAAAGAUAGGUGUUUCUCUUUUGCUGCACAAACCCGUCUUCGGUGAUCUUAUCUGGGCUCCUUGCAUAUUUUGCUGCAAUCUCUGCAUCACUUUAACUCUAUUGCCUUAUGAGGUUGUUCUCUUCUUGGCUCCGUGCACUGCCAUCUAUUCAUACCUCUCCUCAAGGUGCAUAAUGGUCGCAAAUAGCACUGUCUUCUAUCUUCUCUUAUUGCUUAGCCCUCUAUUCAAUCCCUUUACGGCAGUGGGAGGAGCCAUUCUAUGCUCUUUGCAAGCAAUCUCCGCCAUGACUGAAGGGAAACCUUAUGCACCCUAUGCAUUUCUCGCGGCUGAGUACAUCACACUGACCAUAAACAUCAGCCCUGGGCGCCAUUAUAUGGCAUACUUUAUUAUCCACUUGAUAUGCAACGCAUUCUUAUCAUCCGCAGCUCUCCCCGGAUGGUCUGAUAGCGUGCUCACUGCCUACGCCCUGCAAGAGAAAGUGUCUCAGCUCAAUAGUGGUAAUACUAGUGAUGGCAGGGGCGAUACGAGACCCGAAAGUACAUCCAUAAUGCAGCAAUAUCAAAAGGCAAAAUCCACACUCAGGCACCACGCGCUUAUGCAUUGUUUUUGUGUGUUCUUCAUUACCCUUUAUUCGCAGUCCAGAACGGCUGCGCUUCUGAGCGGCCUCCUCUUGAUAGCUACUGGCGGAUACUACUGUCUCUCGUUUCUCUCCAAGUAUACCGGAAAGGAGCUUGCACUGAAGCUAUUCUUUGUUAUAUUUGUACGGGCCAUCUUCAUGAUUCUGGUAACGCUUGUCAACGUAGGGAAGCUACGCCAUAUUGGAUAUAAAAUACGUGGUAGCUAUUUGUUAAUUAGCUUAGUGUGCUACGUCCUCUUGUUUAUUUCGCUCUUUAUUCCGUUUUCUGAGAGUGGACUUGCUGCAUUAUCCGCCGCGUCUCAAAGACGUAAGAAAGCUGCAAGGAUAUCCUUUGGUUUGAUUGCGCUUUUUGCAAGUUUGUUGCUAGUAAUUUUCUGCAACAUAACUCCCUUACUUUGCACAGGUUUUCUCAUGCUGGUAGGAUAUGUCCCUCAGGGUGACCCAAGCCUGCUCCUUUUAACUGUCUAUCGUGGGUUCCACAGUGCACACAUCGAGCAGUAUACUGCAUACCCGAAGACAAUGAUAGUGCUGCGUUUCGUACUGACGACGUUAGUUGGCCUGUGUAUCUGGACUUCAUUGCUAUAUGGCCUAAUGCGUGUAUCUGGUGUUUUUGCGGCCACCAAUUCCUCCAGCAAAGAGAAGGAUACCAAGGAAGAUACUUUUUCUCAUUCUACCAUCCUUAGGCGUUUGUUCAGCCUACCAAAUCUUCAAGUUAGUCUAAUAGCCUUGAUCACAGGGUCGUUGGCUGGAAUGUUCUUGACUGCUCCCUCGCUGCUGCACUUCUAUGGAGCUGAAGCUGUAUUGACCCCUGAAAUGUUGGCUAUUUCCUUAGGAAUUGUGGUCUGUAUUGCUAUCUCCCCUGUGCUCGUAACGCUGUUGAAUUCAACCACGCUCUUUAUUGUAUCAAGCGUGCUACUCCUGCUAAUGUUAAUAGGGUUGUCAUCUCGUUAUCCAAUAACCAUUGUCUAUACCAUAGGCCUGGUGGGCAUCAUGACCCUCCCUGCAUCCGUAGCUGGAUUGGCGUUCGUAGCAUUAUGUUUUGUUCCAGAGCUGCUUAAUGCAGUAUCGUUACUCUAUGUUCCUCAGGACUACUUACUUGGUCUUUGGAGCACAAAUGCGCUUGCCUUUCUUUCCAGAUUGUGGUUUAACCGUGAGCUUUACAUACGAAUGGCUCUCUAUCCGCUUGUAGAACAGGGACACAAGGAUCCCACGAUAAAGGUCAAGGCCUCUGCAGAUUUGUUAGAUAGCCUCUGGACUGUUAGGGAUUUGUUUGUUGUGGAGCCUAAUGGAAGCAUUCAACUGAGGGAUACAUAUCUAUGCUAUUGGAUUGGCGGCCUUUCCAAUGGACUUCGAUAUCUGAGGCUCAAUGUGGGACUAUUUAUCGCUACUUCGUGUGUGCUUCUUUCCAUGUGGAGCUAUGCGCCGGUUGUUGUCGUUCUUUUGUCCCUCACCUCUCUUCUGCUUCCUGCAGUUGAGCUUUCACCAGGAUCUUCUAGAUCAAGCAGUGGUACGCCUGUUAGUGUGCGUGCCAUUGGUGGGUACUUCGGUACGGGGGGAAGCGGGUCUUCUCUUAGUGAUGUGGCUAGAUUGCAACUAGUAACGAAUGUCUGUGUGGCGUUGUAUGGUAGCAUAAUACUGCGGUGCAUGUAUAGUAUUAUCAGAGCACCGUUUCAUCUCAGUGGAGCGAGUGUCAAUGCGACAGGUUAUCUAGGAUACAUCCUGUACGAUGCAGCCGCACUCCUCUGUUGUAGUACUCUAUCACUAAUACCGUUUACUCUGUUGACGGGCAGACCAUACAGACUGUUCGCAUAUCUCCAAAAUGUACUCACAAAGCGGCUUCUUACUGUGAUUAUAAUUCUCAUAUGUGUCGUAGUAUUCUUCGCUACGGAAAAAUGCAUGGUAUUCUUCACGUUACUCGCAUGUCUGUCAAUGCUCUUUGAAGCCCCCUUUUUACCCAUUCAGAAGUACAACGCUAAUAACAAAAUAAUCAUCAAUGGUGAGGUAUUGAAGGGCGUAGAUAAGACCGUGGUCACCAUGGAUGCCCCAGCGAUAAGCAUGAAUGUAUAG